AUGGCCCAGGCCAAUUUAGGAGCCGUGUCCGAGGUGACGGCGGCCGGAGUCAUCGGCACCGGGACCCACAACACCGGGAUCGAGCACGGAAUCCUGCCCACCCAGGUGGGAUCCCUGCUGGGAAUUCUGGGAAUCCCAAAUCUGGGAAUCCUCCAAUACGCCUCCGAAAUCCACGCGGGGAUUGCAGGGAUGGAGACGGAGAAGGGAAUCCUGGGAAUAUUCCAGAGCUUGCCCCAGUUCUGGCUGUGCAAGGUCACCUUCCCCUCCUCCCUCAGACUCCUCAAAUUCCUGGGAUUUUCCGUCCUGGAUCAGCUGGACGAGCACCUGAGGAAUUCCCAAUAUUUCCGCUUCCUGUGGUUCCCGCACACCGAGAACGUCCGGAUCAUCUACCAGGAUCCCACCGACCAGCCUCCCAGAUCCUCCUCCAGCUGGUUUUGGGAUUACGCCGUGGGAUAUUAUCUCCUGGAAUUCCUGCUCUGGAUCAGCUCCUUCUUCCCCGGCCUGGUGUCCUGGAUCAACCGCGCCUUCUUCCGGCUCCUCUUCAGCUCCCGCUCGGAAAGCGUCGACCGCAGCCACCGGAUCCUCAACUACGAGUGCCGCUUCCGCCAGCACGUCCAGGACUGGGCCAUCCCCAUCGGGAAAACCAAGGAGGCGCUGCUGGAGCUGAAGGCGGAGCUGGACCGGAAUCCCGGGAUCGGCGCCCACUUCCCGGUGGAGAUCCGCUUCUGCCGGCGGGACGAGAUCCCGCUGAGCCCCUGCUUCCGGCGGGACAGCUGCUACAUCAACGUCAUCAUGUACAGGCUCACAGCUGCACGAGGAAGGAUCUGGAGCUGAUGUUCCCGGAAUUUUCCAAAUUCUGCGCCCUGAGGGAAAAGUUGGACCCCGACGGGAUCUUCCUCAACCCCUACCUGGAAAAAGUUUUCUUUUGAGCCCAAAAAUCCGGGAAAAAUCCCGAAAUUGGAAUUUUCCGGGGAAUUUUGGGGUUGUUUCGUGGAAUUUUGUGGAAAAAAUUCAAUUUUUUCACCAAUAAAAGGUUCUGGAGAAGAA